AUGUCCACCGAUGCCUUGACAAUCGAGACUUUCACUGAAUAUGGAAUUGGCAUGGUGUUUCUCUCAGUCCGACUAUAUGCCCGACUGUACAUAGGCGGUCUUCGUGGGCUCCGGCUUGAUGAUGCUUUUGCUGUUACUGGCAUGAUAUUUUGGACCAUGCAGACUGCCAUCAUCUAUCUCCUAGGGCUGUAUGGCAACAACAUCGGAUUAGACGAGCAAACAGCCAUGCUUGUCCCAGACAGCAAAAUGUCUGAUAUGAUCCUCGGAUCGAAGCUGGCUUUCAUGAACUGGAUAUGGUACAUUUGUUAUAUUUGGUGUCUGAAGGGUGUUCUUCUUUGCCUUUACUGGAAACUCACACAAGGAACCUGGCACCGCCACCUAGUUACAGCAGCUGCAACAUUCUGCCUCAUUACCUGGUUUGCCUGCCUAUUGGCACACAUCUGUAUCUGCAGACCAGUUGAGCAAAAUUGGCAGAUCAAGCCCUACGCAGGAGGCAAGUCCGAACAAUCAUAUUCACCUAAAAAUCCCCAACUAACCGAGAUAGACAAUUGCACUCUUCGCGGACCUCUUUACAUUGUCAUCGCUGUCUUCAACGUAAUGCAAGUCGUCCCCAGGAGGUCCCGAAUCCCAGAACUUCAUUCUAACAUCAUGAUAAACAGGUCCGACGUCUGCAUAAUUUUAAUCCCAAUCCCAAUUCUCGCCAAACUGCAAAUCCCGACCCAACGAAAAAUAAUCCUGGUAGUGAUGUUCUCCUCAGGAAUCUUCAUUAUGAUCUGCACAAUUCUGCGCGCCCACUACUCACUCUCAUCAAUCACAGACCUCGGUACAGCACUCGGAUGGGCAGACCGCGAAUGCUUCGUCGCAGCCAUCGUCGCCUCCCUACCCGGCAUCAAACCGCUCUUCCGCAACACGCGCUGGCUGGGAUCGACGAACCGCAAAAACUCCAAGAGCCCUUACUACAACAACGAUGGGUGCAAUGGGGGUGGGUCGAAGUCUGGAAAGACGAAGACGUUCGUUUCGUCACAGUCUGGGAAGAGUCGCGGAUUUGAACUGGAUAGUGUGCUGAAUACAAAUAGGAGGAGUCGUCGCAUUUCCGAGACAGGGAGCGAGGAGUAUAUUCUUGAGGGAAAGCAGGGCGUGGCGGCUAGUUCUAGGCAGCAGGAUCCUAUGGCUAUUCAGGUUACCAUGGAGUAUACCCUUGAACAUGAACAGGAGGUGUCGGAUCAGAUCAGACCUUGA